GUUAUAUGGAGUAUUGUGAAUGGCAGCCAUUGCUCCUUCAAAAUUUGCACAAAAACCCAGAAGUUUUGUCGCAAUGAAUAUAACCUGACUGGCCUUUGCAAUCGUAGAAUGUGUCCACUGGCCAACAGCAGAUAUGCAACAGUUAGAGAAGAAAAAGGUGUGUGCUAUUUGUAUAUGAAGACAAUUGAGAGGUCAGCCUUUCCCGCCCGACUUUGGGAGAAAGUAAAACUAAGCAAAGAUUUUGAGAAAUCACUCAAACAAAUUGAUGAAAAUCUCAUUUACUGGCCUAAAUACAUUAUCCACAAAUGCAAGCAGCGAUAUACAAGGGUAAUGCAGUACUUGGUUCAAAUCAGAAAAUUGACAUUAAAAAGACAAAAAAAAAUUGUUCCAUUGAGUCAAAAGGUCGAAAGAAGAGAAAACAGACGAGAAGAAAAGGCUCUUGUUGCCGCUCAACUUGACAAUGCCAUCGAAAAAGAAUUGCUGGAAAGAUUGAAAGCAGGAAAGUAUGGAGAGAUAUACAACUUCCCUCAACACUCAUACAAUCAAGCCAUGGAACAAUUGGAAGUAGACAGUGAGGAGGAAGAGACUGACACUGCUGUCAAUGUGAAUGCAAUUUGUUAUGAAGAAGAUAACGAAUUGGAAGGAGAGAGAGAAUUUGUGGAAGAUUUUGAUGAAAGUGAUCUUUCUGACGUAGAGGUAAAUAUUUUAACACAUUUUAGUUUAAUUUGA